GUGGGACCCCCUUGGUGUUUCCGCUCUCUAAAUGCCCAUUCUGUGUGGGUUCCUGAUUCUCUGUGGGUUCUUUCCUGCAGAGGACAAUUCUCUUCCUGUUCCAGCCUAAGCCUGGGGGGCUGAGCCCAGGGCUUCAGUGGUUUGUGCCCUAGCCUCAUGGGUGGAAUGCGUCUGCCACCCCCAGGCUAGACGAGGGGGCUAAGGGUCAGGGUGGGCAUUUGUUGCACCCCUUUUCGACCUUUGUAGGCCUGAGUUGGGUGAGGGGCUGGACAAUGAGCCUCCUCUUCCUUAAAAGAAGGAAUUUUGGUGGAGACAAUAGGGCCCUGUCUGCUCUGGUAUGGGGGGCGGUGGCUGACUCAACUCUGCCCCCCACCCCCAGGCCCUAACAAAUGUCAUCAUCAAAUGGGGGCAAUUUCCCCUUAGUGCCAUGGGCUUCCCACCCACCCCCCUUGUCCCUUUGUGACGAUUUGCCCUCCUUUCUUUCCUCAUUGAAUCUUGCCUCUUCUCCCAUGACCUGACCCUGCUUUUCUCUGCCAGCUCUCUCUCCCUGUUCCUCAGUUCUCCCCGAGUCUGUGUUGGGUUGAGGGUUGUGUCAAGAGCCAGGGGUACUGGUGGGGUUACAGAGCUGGUAGCCUCUGCUGAUCUGGGGAGUCCAGAAAUAAGGGGGUUCGAAGAGUUUGGAAUUUACUUCUAGGGGGCCCUUUGCUGGGGUGGUGGUGAAGGUAGUGGGACUUAGACCCCAUGGAGCUGAUCAAGCAGGAGCUGUGAAGGAGGCUUGUGGGAGGGGGCAGGGAUGGGAGGAUUCUGUCUGGCCCAGCCCCUCCUCUCCUUUCCAGCCUGCCCAACCCGCCCACCAGUCUGAGCUGCUGUUGCUGAGGCUGGUCUGCUGGAAGUCUCCGGGAGAGAGGGAAAGACAGGUGGGGAGACAGUGUCAACGGGGAAUGAGCCUUAGCGUGAGUGUGAGUUGGGGAGUGUGGUAGGAGUGAGGGUGUGGGUAUGUGGGGUAGUAGGAAUGUGUUUAAGGUGCAGUUUCCAGGUGCAUGGGUUUGUGUGCAGGGUGUGAGGGGGUGUAAUGGUGAAUAUCUGAGACUUUGAAGGUAGAAAAAUUAAGAUAGAAGAGGGUUUGUUACAGAUAGGAAGGUUAUGGGCAGAGUGUGUGUGUAGAGAAGAUGGAGGGAGUGUGUUGGGGUGUGCAAUUGCAUGAUGCAUGCUUGGACCAUGCUGUGCUGGAUGAAGGGGUCGUGUUAAAUGUACACGCAGGUGUAGACAAUCCUGGUGGCUAGUGCAAAUGUGUACAAGUGAACGUACUAACUCCCUUAGAGGGCACUAGCACACUGCUUUUGGAGGGGCUGGAGCUGGAAAAGUUAUGGGAGAGGGGAAUGGCCUCCAUUAACCUCUUCUUGCCUGCAGCCUGCAGUUUGGAGUCAAGGAGAAUCAUGGGGUCCAGGGAUGAACCGUGCAGUCUCUUAGGCGGACUCUCAUUCCUCCUGCUACUGAUGUCAGUCCAGGGGGCCAAGGGUGGAUCCCUCAAAGAGAGCCAGGGGGUCUGCUCCAGGCAGAUGCUCGUGGUCCCCCUCCAUUACAACGAGUCCUACAGCCAACCAGUGUAUAAGCCCUACCUGACCGUGUGUGAUGGAAGACGCAUCUGCAGCACCUACAGGACCACAUACCGUGUGGCGUGGAGGGAGGUGAGGAGGGAGGUGCCGCAGACCCACGUUGUGUGCUGCCAGGGCUGGAAGAAGCGGCAUCCAGGGGCCCUCACCUGUGAUGCCAUUUGUGCCAAGCCGUGUCAGAACCGAGGCGUCUGCGUUAGGCCAGAGCAGUGCGAGUGCGCCCCAGGCUGGGGUGGGAAGCACUGUCAUGUGGACAUGGAUGAAUGUAGGACUGGUGUUGCCCUCUGCUCGCACCGUUGCCUCAAUACCGCAGGCAGCUUCACUUGUGGCUGUCCUCAAGGCCUGGUGCUGGGUCUGGACAGGCGCACCUGCACAGAGGGUGCCCCGGAGCCCCCAACUGGUGCCAACAUCCUCAGUGUGGCAGUUCGGGAAGCAGAACAAGAGGAGCAUGCCCUGAGACAGGAGAUUUGGGAGCUUCAAGGGCGCCUGGAGCGGCUGGAGCAGUGGGCAGGUCAGGCCGGGGCCUGGGUCCGAGCCAUGCUGCCCAUGCCACCUGAAGAGCUACAGCCGGAACAGGUGGCAGAGCUAUGGGGCCGUGGCGACAGGAUCGAGUCUCUCAGCGACCAAGUGCUGCUGCUGGAGGAGAGGCUAGGUGCCUGCUCCUGUGAGGACAACAGCCUGGGCCCAGGCCUCAAUCUCAAUCGGCGGCCAAUAAGGAACCCCUCCAGAGCCCCUGCCCCCUAAUUUAUACAGAAACUGGCCCCACUAAUCCUCUGGGAUUGGGCAGCUGGGGAAGCGAAGAUAAGGUUAUCUGCCACUAAGGAGCAAUGAGUGACGGAAACUUACGAGAGCUGAAGGAAGGGGGAAAGAUGGGUGCCUUGGGCCCACCCCUGAGUCUUCUGGCUGGGGGAGGUGGCCUAGGCGAGAACCACUUCAAUGCCUUAACAAAUGCAGCCAGAAAGUGCCCAGAUCUCUCUCUCUCUCUCUCAAUCUUUAUUCUCGGGUUUCUUGCUGUUAUCCAGAUAAUUAAUAAAAACCACACAAAACUGGGUCCCACCCUCUCUUUUUGCUCCCAGCCCACCUUCCCAGUUGUGGGCACAGGUCUGGGGUGGGAGGCAGGAGUGGCUAAUGCCACAGGGAGGAAAUGAAAACUGGCUCAGAGAGGGGAAGCCUCAAAAGAAAGGGAAAUAAA